UUUGUUAUUCCGUCGUGCUAUACUGUAGGAUUUUCUAGUAAAAUGUUAGAUUUUGUGGUAAUAUUUACGAAAGGCGGCAUUGUACUUUGGAAUUCGAAUUCCUCCGGAAAGAAUUUCGCAUCAUGCAUCAACAGUUUAAUACGAGGCGUCAUCCUGGAGGAGCGAAAUACCGAGUCCAAAUACUUCGAGGAGGACCAACUGGCGGUGCAGUUUAAAUUGGACAAUGAGCUCGAUCUCGUGUACGCGGCCGUCUUCCAAAAAGUAAUCAAACUUAACUACCUAGAUGUGUUCCUCAGCGACAUGCAAUUGGCGUUUAAGGAGAAAUUCGGCGAUAUUUCAGCCAUAGAACGUCUUGCGUUCAAUUAUGACUUCGAUCAAGAGUUCCAAAGUGUUCUCAGUUCUGCCGAGCAGGCUUCAGCAAAGCAAAACAAGGCGCCCAAGACGAUGCGCUCAUACAACGAAUCGCAGAAAUCAAAGAAGACUGUCGCCUCCAUGAUCCAAGACGACAAGAAACCGUCAGAGACAGUGAAACGUGUUAACAUUCAGGAGAAUGCGGGCGCAUCGAGAUCAGAACCCUCAUCGCCUCCACGAUCCUCCGAAGAUAUUAUUGCGGAGAAUAGGCGCAAGCUGCGCGAGAAACUGACGCCGACCAAAAAGCCAGUAGCUGAAGUAAAAGCCAAUAAACCGAAUGCCUCGGGCAAAAAACCCAGAGUCUGGGAUCUAGGGGGCAAUUCAAAAGACGCCGAGGUGCUGGAUCGUUCGAGGGAUAAGCCGGAAGAUGUUCAGUUACAAAACAUAAAUAACGAUUUGGUGGGAACCAUGCAAGGAGUUAUACGUGACUUGGAUGUGGAGAGUGAGAACGAGGACAGCGACUACAAUAACGAUGAAGAUGACAAUGACAACGACAAUGACAAUGAGCAGCUACUUAAGACGAACUAUGCGUCUCAAAAGAAAGCGAAGCGUUCGGGUGGUGGCGGUCUUCUAUCCUAUUUCAAGGGCAUUGUGGGGGCCAAAACAAUGGGACGUGGCGAUUUGCAACCGGCGCUAGACAAGAUGCGUGAUCAUUUGAUAUCGAAAAAUGUUGCAGCUGAAAUUGCAGCCAAGCUUUGCGACUCUGUGGCUACCAGCCUGGAGGGCAAGACCAUGGGCACCUUUGACUCUAUUGCUAAUUUGGUAAAGGACGCCCUAACGCAGUCCCUGGUACGUAUUCUGUCGCCUAAACGACGCAUAGACAUCAUUCGUGAUGCGUUGGAAUCGAAGCGCAGUGGCAAGCCCUAUACAAUAAUUUUCUGUGGCGUCAAUGGAGUGGGCAAAUCAACCAAUCUGGCCAAGAUCUGCUUCUGGCUAAUAGAGAACGACUUUAACGUACUGAUAGCGGCCUGUGAUACAUUUCGAGCGGGCGCUGUGGAGCAGCUACGCACGCAUACACGCUACUUGAACGCACUGCAUCCAGCUACGAAGCAUAAUAACCGCACCAUGGUGCAGCUAUACGAGAAGGGCUAUGGUAAAGAUGCGGCUGGCAUUGCCAUGGAGGCGAUUAAGUUUGCCCACGACACCAAUGUCGAUAUCGUGCUGGUGGACACGGCUGGACGCAUGCAGGAUAAUGAGCCGUUGAUGCGCUCACUCUCUAAGCUCAUCAAAGUUAACAAUCCAGAUUUGGUGCUUUUCGUUGGCGAGGCCCUGGUGGGCAAUGAGGCCGUCGACCAGCUGGUCAAGUUCAAUCAGUCCCUGGCCGAUUUCUCAUCAAAUGAGAAUCCUCAUAUUAUUGAUGGCAUUGUACUGACCAAAUUCGACACCAUUGAUGAUAAAGUAGGCGCUGCCAUAUCCAUGACGUACAUUACGGGCCAGCCGAUUGUGUUUGUUGGAACCGGUCAGACCUAUACAGAUCUGAAGGCCAUCAAUGUUAAUGCCGUGGUUAAUUCGUUGAUGAAGUGAUGUGGAAAUUCAGGAACUCGUCGUCUAUUACUUUGCUUGCUUAGUUUUUGGUUAAAUUUUUUGUACUGUUUUAAUUCAAAAAAGAAUAAAAUACUUAAAAACAUC